AGAAGCUUCCAUCUACACCGCUCAUUGUGGAGGCAGAUGAGGUGCAGCAGCCUUCAAGACAGGUGGAGGUUGCAGUGUCAGAGGAGGAGAUGUCUGGGGUGACUGAGGAAGGGGGAGCAGCUGAAGUAGAGCAGCAGCAGCAGCAGCAGCAUGAGUCUCCAUCUCGAGUUCCACACCCGCCUGAGCGACCUAGGAGGGAUGUGCGCCCUCCGGUGAGGCUGACCUAUGGGGGAAGAGGCAAGCCAAAUGUGGUGCAGGCUGGGAGUGUGGUUGAGCAGAUUGAGGAAGAUGAGAUCGCUCACUGCUACUGGGCACCAAUCCCUGAGCCCAAGACUCGAGAGGAGGCCUUGAAUGGACCAAAUGGGGAGAAGUGGAAGGCGAGUGAGGAUGAGGAGUUCGGCAAGAAGCAGAAUGAGGUGGGAUUGUCUUCAUGUGAGACUGAGUACAUGGCCUUACACCAUGGGGCCAAGGAAGUAGUGUGGCUAAGGCGUUUGUUGGAGGAGUUGGGAGUUGAUUCUUGAACUUUGAUUGAACUCUUGAGAUUGAGUUAAG